UCUACUUCCUGCAGCAUUACAACAUUUUGACGACUCGUUUUCAGUCAUUACCCUCAAUUAGCAUCCUAAAAUAACCUUCAAUAGAUUGGUUAGCAUAAUUACACAGCACAAACGCCGCUUUGGUCCGACAUGUUGAGGUAGAGCGUGACUCAAGAACUGCAUCCUCCAGCUUCCUUUCUACCAUGGCCCAGCAAUCAGAAGCGGGGCCAUUGGUCUCCCUAUGGACGAGAUCCCUGAUUUCCGGAGCAGUGGCCGGCCUCACAGUCGAUUGCUCGCUAUAUCCCCUCGACACAAUCAAAACUCGUCUACAAAAAGCUAGACGCCAUGCUCCGAGCACACCAGCGCCCACCCUGUCGCUAAGACAAACCAUCCGCGGCAUCUAUGCGGGUCUCCCGUCCAUCGCCGCAUGCGCCGUGCGGGUGCCGACGGAGGUGGUCAAGCAGCGCGCACAGGCCGGUCUCUUCGGUGGAUCCAGUCUGCUCGCACUCAAGGACAUCCUGGCGCUGCGGCACCCGGACCCGACGGGGAAUGCGAAGCGCGGGUACGGGCAAGUCGUCCGGGAGCUGUACCGCGGGGCGGGGAUCACGAUCGCGCGGGAGAUCCCCUUCACGGUGCUGCAGUUUACCAUGUGGGAGUCGAUGAAGGAGGCGUAUGCCAAGCGCGUGUUGGUGCCGUCGGCGGAGUCGGGCGCGUUGAGUCAGGUUCCUGCGUCGACGAGCGCGAUGUUUGGCAGUGUUGCGGGGUCGAUUGCGGCGGGGUUGACGACGCCGUUGGAUGUUAUUAAGACGCGGGUGAUGCUGGCGCGGCGGGGCGAGGGCGGCGCCCGCGUGCGCAUUCGCGACGUCGUGCAGGAGAUCUCUGGGGAGGGAUUCGGGGCGUUCUGGCGCGGGAUCGGGCCGCGAGUGGCCUGGAUUGGGAUCGGGUGGGCGUGGAAUACCCUUGAGCGGAAGAGGGAAUCGCAAUAGAAUGUAUAUCUAUAUAUCUACCGGAAGUGUAUAUGGCAAUGUAUGU